AAUAACAAACAAUUAAUUCACCGAUAUUCCCGGUCAAUCGCCCACCAGAAAAUGGACUAUCGAAUAAAAAGGGCAGCCAUGUUUGACGGUUUAGAGUAGAUAAGAAGUGACAGCACAAGUUCAAAAAUAGAUAUGAAUCGGGUUUUGUCAGCAGCAGCCGCGUUGGGUAAAAACAGGAAGAUGAGUGGAGAAGCUGCUGAGACUUCAAUCAAUCGUCUUAGGCUUCUCUUUUGCGGCCCUCACUUUGCUGCUGCUGAUAUUUAUACUCGCGAGUACUUACAGGCCCAUUGUCCACUAAUCCAGGUAGAUAGUGUUCCUUUGGAUGAUGUUGCUCGUGUUAUUGGCAACUAUGAUAUGUGUGUUGUCAAAAGCAUGCGCUUAAACUCCACUAUCAUUUCUCGUGCAACUAAGAUGAAGCUUAUAAUGCAGUACGGUGUGGGCUUGGAAGGUGUUGAUAUUCAUGCUGCUACCACACAUGGAAUAAAAGUUGCUAAAAUUCCUAGUGCGAAAACUGGCAAUGCAGCCUCAUGUGCUGAAAUGGCCAUAUAUCUGAUGCUGGGUCUUCUGCGUAAGCAAAACGACAUGCAAACUUCAGUCAAAAAACAGAUUGUUGGACAACCAGUUGGUGAAACACUACUCGGAAAAACAGUAUUUAUUAUGGGAUAUGGAGACAUUGGGUUUCAAUUGGCAAAGCGCUUGCGUCCAUUUGGCGUGAAAGUCCUUGCAACAAAACGGAACUGGAUCCCAACUUUACAAAGCAAUGGAGGAACACAUGAUGAUCUGGUUGAUGAGAAGGGUGGCCUGGAAGAUUUCCACAGAUUCGCACAAGCUGCUGAUAUAGUUGUCUGUUGCUUGGCUAUGAAUAGUGAAACGGCUGGCAUAGUAAACAAGUCCUUUAUGUCCUCCAUGAAAAAGGGUGCACACCUAGUGAAUAUAGCUCGAGGGGGUCUUCUGAACUAUAAGGAUGUGCUUUACCAUCUUAAAUCAGGCCACUUGGGAGGGUUAGGCAUUGAUGUUGCUUGGACAGAACCAUUAGAUCCAGAUGAUCCUGUCUUGAAGUUCCCAAAUGUGAUUCUCACACCUCAUGUUGCAGGCGUCACAGAAUUUUCUUAUAGGUCAAUGGCAAAGGUGGUGGGCAAUGUAGCCAUUCAACUGCAAGAGGGGGCUCCCCUGACGGGAAUCGAGUUUGUCAAUUAAAAAACCUACUCCCGUUGUCUGUUUGGAAAUCAAAAUCUGGACAUUAUUUGCUAUGGAGAAUGUAUACUCUGGUUUAUUUUCCACCAUAUUAGGGCUUUGAUUUAGAACUGUUGUAGUUUACAAGACCGACACGUAUUGGAAAACCUAAUCAGCUGGCUACAUUUAUUUUUUAGUACAGGAAACAGCAGGGAGGUGCCCUGUACUUGCUAUUCA